UCCGGCUCCUAGUAGCGAUCUCUGAAAUAUAGUACAACAGGUGUUGCAACCUUUGUGCUACCAUUUCCGAUCAUACAAAUAAGCACCGAAGCUUCAAAACAACGUCAUUAGCACAAGAUGGUCAAUCAAAAAGCUCAAGAUGCUGUGCAACAGUCCCUUGAUUCGGUCACGGGCAACAAAGACACCGGCGUCGCAGGCCUCGUCUUUGUAGCCAUUGACAAAAAUGGACAGCAAAUCUGCGCCAAUGCCUCUGGAAAGAAGGGAGUAGGCGAGAAUCGAGCUCCAAUGGAUUUGGACACUGUUUUCUGGAUUGCCAGUUGCACGAAAAUCCUUGCGACAAUGGCUUGCAUGCAAGCUGUUGAACAAGGCAUUCUGAACCUCGAUGACUCGGCUCAAGUCUAUAAGCUCUGUCCUGAGUUGGAGAAAGUUCAGGUUUUGAGAGAGGAUGGUACUUUGGAGCCCAAGAAGAGUGAUAUUACUUUGAGGAAUCUGUUGAGCCAUACUUCUGGUUUUGCUUAUGAAUUCUUCAACCCCAAACUCCGCGACUACGGCCGCCCAACCGGCUUCGACGUCUUCCACGCCGACAUCCGCGACAUCCUCAAAAUGCCUCUCGUCCACCACCCUGGCGAGAACUGGGAAUACGGAAUCGGAAUCGACUGGGCCGGAAUCGUCCUCGAACGCGCCAGCGGCGUCAAACUCAAUGAUUGGAUCCAAAAGAAUAUCAUGCAACCACUCAACCUCGAUGCGAUCAAUAUAUUCCCCACAGCUGAUAUGAAGAAGAAUUUGGCGUAUAUGCAUCAACGCUGGCCUGGAAGCUCGGCUUCGGAGGAGAGAGAUCAUAUGUAUCGUGAGCCGAUUAUUGCGGAGACGGAUGAGCAGAAGAAGAAUGUGUUCCACUCCGGUGGAGCGGGAUGUUUUGCGAAGCCGGUGCAGUAUGUGCAGGUUCUGUCAGUUUUGUUGAACGAUGGGAAGAGUCCGAUUACAGGGGCUCAGAUUUUGAAGAAGGAAACUGUGGAUGAGAUGUUCAAGAAUCAAGUCGAACAAUUCCCCGACUUCGCUCGUCAGGGCAUCCCAGCUGCCAAACCCGAGCAGACGAAUCCUGCUCCUGAGCUCUAUCCGCAAGAAGGCAACCCGCCGCAAGGUUGGGGAUUGUCUUUUAUGCUUACGCAGGAACCUGGUGCCACUGGAAGAGGUAGGAAUACGGCUUGGUGGGCGGGUAUUGCAAACUUGUUCUGGUGGGCCGACCGAGAGAAGGGUGUUGCUGGUAUGAUAGCAUCCCAAGUCAUGCCUUUUGGAGAUAUGAAUGUGAUGGGUCAGUGGGGCGCUUGCGAAGCUGCUGUUUAUCAAGCUACUGGCGCAUAGGGCCUCCGAUUCAGCAGGAAGAAAGAUGUUGUGAGUUUGAAGACUAUGAGGGAGUGAACCAGCUAGUGUGGCAUAAGUCAAGGACAACUAUCAGUCACGACUUAUGGCCACUUGAUGAGAUGUGUAUAGUUGUAGCAACUUCAUUGCGAG